UAAAAUAGUAGGUUGAAUUGAAUUCAUAAUGCACUUUUUACGUGGACCUUUUUUUGCACAGGGACUUUAAUUAUUGUGGCCCCCUUAUUUUAUUAUGAAUCACAUAAAUCAAUUAAAUUAAAAUACAUUAAAGCAGAUAUAAUAUUUUUUUAGGUAACCUUAGGUAAGUUAAGGUAACCCAUACUUAAAAUCUGAUCUCAUGUAGCCAUAGGAACAGAACCGUCAACAUUCUGUUUACCAGCCCAACUCCAUUAGGCCGUGACUGCCAUGGGGUGAUGAUGUGACAUUUGCCUAUUGACUUCAGUAUUUAAAAGAUCUUAUCUUUUCUUUCUACAGCUCAGCUGAUACAAACGCUGGGAGCCUCAAAUCAACUGCACUGUUUUUACAGAACCACAGGGCACUAACAAUGCUGUCUGUUGUACUGUUCAUGUCAUUGGUUUACCAGGGACUGUCGCUGGUGAGCCAAGGAACAGAUUUCGUCACAACAUUCCCAGAGAACAUCGCCUACUACUACACAAAAGAUUCCUUUACCACGCUCAAAAUUACUGCUUUUUAUAGCAACACAGAAGUCAAUGUGACCGUCAACCAAACCAACGUUUAUAACGCAACGUUGAAUUCCGGACAGGUUCGAAAUGUGCAUUUUCCCAUGUCUGUACGGCAAUCCAAUUUCACACGCUUCCUUCCAUGUGUGAGAAUUGUCAGCACCAAUCCGAUUACCGUGCUCUGGAUCACUCGGAGAGGAGACAGCAUACAGAGUAAUGUUGUUCAGCCUCUUGAAAAUCUGGACCACUAUUAUAAUAUACCGUUUUUGAGUUACAAUAAGAUGAUUGGCUUAUAUAACGUGCCAAAUGAGUUAGCUCAGCCCAAUAGUACCUACAAUACAUUCAAGCUGAUCAUUAUCAAUGCUGAAGAUAAAUGGAACAGCAUAUAUGUCAGAUUUGAUUAUGGGAAUACUUAUGGGAAUACUGUUCCCAUUCUCCUGAAACCUUAUGAUCUGUAUCAAGUUUAUACCAAUAGUUUCGAGAUUUCAGUUCUCUCUUACCAUGUAGUGGCUGUGCUGCUCACCCACCCGUGUGUGGAAACAACAGGAUGCAGAUGCAACAUGGUAGUGAGCCAGGUUCUCCCGAAAAGUCAGUGGGGUAAUACGUUUGUUGUCCCAAUGCUGAGGAACGUGACCUCAACUUGGCUGCAUGUGACAUCCACAGCAGGAGUCAAAUUCAAAGGAAAACUGCUAAAUAAUGGGCCACAGCCUAAUAGUGUGUCACAGCUAAAUAAUGUGUCACAGUUCGUGCCCUUUAACAACAUUAGUGAGAAAUCCCAGUUUAUUGAAUUAUCAGACAAUUCAACCAUCCGGGUUGUUGGUCCUGGCUUUAUCCUUGAACUUAUCCCAGAAAACAUGUUUGCUGCCUGCUACCUGGUGCAAUUCAACUCGACAGGUGACGUUGUGGUGAUAGUUGAUAAAGAUCACAAGAAUGAUCUACAUAAAGACAAUGACCUGGUAUUAAAUGGCUGGACAGACAUCGAAAAUUCAAACUAUUCCUCAGUGAACCUGACCCUAGAUGGCACGCAUGUCAUUUGGCAUCCGUACUCAAAGAUUGGAGUCUACAUGUUUGACAGAAUGGACAACGGAGUUCUUUAUGGAGGCUCAGCGAUACCUUUAAGUGAUAGUCCAGACCAAGAUGGAUGUCUGGCAAUUUCUGGAAAUUUUAGUGUUGGUGAUGAUCACAUGACCUGGCCUGAGUCUCAUCAGUACUGCCUGAAUGAAACAGACCAGCUGGUCACACUCAACAGUCUGUAUGCCAGAACAAAGAUGCUCGAAUGGCUGUCAAAUGAAUAUAAACACAGUGAUUUCUGGAUUGGACUGAGGCGCAGUUUGUUCACAUUAGACUGGUACUGGCAGACGGGAAAUGAGAGCUUUCGAAAUGUGAGUUACACCUUGUGGGCUAAUGGACAUCCAUAUGAGCCCUUGAAAGCUUUGUGUGCUUCUGGACACCUUGAUCCCAACAAGAAUUUCUUCUGGAAGAGUGUGCCCUGUUGUCAAAGAAUGAGACCUGUCUGCUACAAAAAGCCCUCCUACUUUAGUCAUUUGACCUUUGAACCCCUAGAUGAUUUUCCUUUGUUAAAUUUUGACCAAAUUGUUCUUGGAGCUGCUGGAAUUGUAUUUCCAAAUGGAACAUUUAAUGCAUUUAUUCCAAAUGAAACAAAUUUUAACACAUAUAGGGGCGGUUUCCCGGACAGGCAUUAGCUUAAUCCAGGACUAGGCUUUAGUUUAAUUAGGAAAUAUAAUUAGUUUUAACAAACAUGCCUUAUGAAAACAUUACCUGUGUGCAUUUUGAGGCAAAACAAAGGGCACUGGUGUAUUUUAAGAUAUGUCAGUUCAAGUUGUUUUCAGUUUGGACAGUUCUUAAAAAUGUUUUAGUCUAGGACUAGUCUAAUCCCUGUCCGGGAAACUGCCCCAUAGACAUUUCGAUCCUUAAUGAAUUUAAUUGCUAUCUUAAAUAGCUUUGCUUUCUUAGUUAACCAUAUUUUAAAUUGAACCGUUACUUAACUUUUUAGAGCAUAGACAAUGAAAUGAAUCAUAUGAAUACAUGCAUCCUGUCAGGCAUACUGUAUGGUAGCAACUUUUAGAAAAUGCUCUUUUCUAUCAAAUAUAAGGAAAUUUUGGGUCAAUCUUGUUACAAUAUGUAAAAUAUAGCUGGUUACACAUUUCUCUUUUGUCAAGUUUACUAGUUUGUAAAAUGUAGUCAUAGUAAAAUAUACAUAAUAAAGAAUAAUCUCCCACCAAACAUUCAAUUUGUAGUGUAUUUAAAUGCUGCUGUACUUUCACGCAUUCAGUGUUGUCCGGUAAUCUUUGAAUUAAUUUAACAAAAAGCAAAAACAGUUUUUUUUAUUUUAGUCUGGCUUCUUUCAAAAAAAGCAAAAAAAGUUAACACAUUUAUACAGAUAAAUUCUGGAAAAUAAUUGAAUGCAUGCUUCUCAUUUCAUCAAUUAUUU